UCUUUUAAUCAAAAAAGAUUAAAAACAAAAAUGUAGGUAAUCUUCAAAAUUUUCUGCCCUAACAAAAAGCUUUGCUGCAGUGCAUAGCAAAUCCACCAUAAUCUGAUUUAAGGUUUAUUCCCAGUCCACAGCGCAGUGACUGCAGCUCUCAUUGGCCACCUGUUGCCAAGUGUUUCUGCAGCGACUUGUUGCUGCUUGUCUGAAAAGCAAACAGCACAGAGUCCCUUGUUCUCGUAGAUGGAGCACCGACUAAUCAUCUGUCAUCCUCUCAGAUCUACAUUGUUAAAUCCUGAUGUCUGACCCGGUCAUCGUGGUUUUAAACAGAGCAGCAGGUCUUUUUGUAACACUGGAGGUUUCCAUCUCUUCAGACUUAAUGUCUCCUUCUACACUAAAAUCAUGGCUUGGUUGACGUUGCCUGUUGAUCUGCUCUCCAAAUAUCUCAGCCUAUUCCCCGAUGUGUGGCUGACUCUGGUGUUUGGCUUCCUAAUUGUGCCGGCUGUGUUUGGACUUCCUUUUGGGAUCCAUAAAUACUACAUGAAGAUACUUCUCAGUAUAUUUGAGUGGACAACAUUACAAAUGGAGCUAAAGGCAAAAGAGAAGAAUCACCAACUCUACAAACACUACACCAGUGGUAUCAUAGUCAAAGUCCCAGAUUCAACUUUGAAGCAGGAAAUUCAAGAUCUACGACAUAGUACUGGUUGUCUGAGUCUGGAUACGCGGUUUGAACUGGCUGAUGUUUUCGUCUUCUGUCGGAAAGCUUUGGAGAACAUCAUAGACGAUGACGUCACCAAGCGCUUCUCGGCCCAGAAGUUGGAAAACUGGAACUUGCUCACUAGGAGCAACCACAACUUCCGCUGCAUAAGUCUAAAACUUUUAGCCUCGUGGUUUCUGGGAGUUUUAAUCCGCUAUGGUGUACUGCUGCCUUUCAGAGCAACUGUAGCCGUCACAGGCAUUUUUCUGUUUGUUGUUUUAAGUACCGUGGUGGGAUUAAUACCCUGCACAAAGUUGAGAACCUACGUUAGUGACAAGGUGCAUCUGAUGGGAUAUCGCCUCUGUGUUAGAUCUCUGACUGGAAUCAUCACCUAUCACAACAGGGAAAACAAACCAAAGAAUGACGGCAUCUGCGUGGCCAAUCACACGACACCAAUAGAUGGGAUCAUCCUGGCCAAUGACCAUUGCUACUCUUUGGUUGGGCAGCUACAUGGAGGCUUGCUGGGAUUGAUCCAGAGAGCAAUGGUGAAGUCCUCUCCUCAUAUAUGGUUUGAGCGAGCUGAAGUCAAAGACAGACGCCUAGUGGCCAAAAGGCUCAGGGAUCAUGUUGCAGAUGAAAACAAACAUCCUGUCCUCAUCUUCCCUGAAGGUACUUGUGUCAACAACACAUCAGUGAUGAUGUUUAGGAAGGGGAGCUUCGAAAUCGGCUGCACCGUCUAUCCUGCUGCCAUUAAGUAUGAUCCUCGCUUUGGAGAUGCUUUUUGGAAUAGCAGUAAAUUUGGUUUGGUGGGAUACCUUCUGAGGAUGAUGAGCAGCUGGGCCAUCGUCUGCAGCGUUUGGUACUUGCCACCGAUGAACAAGAAGGAAGGAGAGGAUGCCACGCAGUUCGCCAAUCGAGUAAAAGCUGCCAUAGCUGCCCAGGGAGGGCUGGUGGACCUCAUAUGGGACGCCGGACUGAAACGAACCAAAGUGAAGGAUACUUUUAAAGAAGAACAGCAGCAGCUUUACAGCAAAAUACUUCUGGGUGACCAUGAAUACCAAAACCAUCCGGAAAGCUGAUGUCCAGACAGGAGACAAAGGAGAAAACCAGCAUAAUUACAGGCUAUUAUCUGUUGUUUAGUAAUACAACACAUGGUGGUAAGACUCUAACAAACAAUGAAGAUCAUGUCUUUAAGUUUGUCAAAUAAAACUGGUUCCAGGUCAGAAAAUUGGAAGAGUUGUUAACUUUAAAGUUCAAACUAUUACAAAGUAAGUCUGUUUUGUUCUCAAAUCUCAUUGAUGAUUUACUAUGAAAUCACAUUCUGUGACCCAAUGAAAUCCUAAUUUAGCAGAACCUCAUAGAUGCAGCGACUGCAGAUGUUACAUAACUGAGACUACAGAGCUGCCAGCAUUUGUAAGUCAGUUUACUAAUUGGCUCAAGGCUCUAUGUUUGUCUGCAGCUUUAAUGUUUAACGAAGGUGAAACAAAUUGUUAGUUGGAUAGCUGUUGGUUUAUUAUUUCACUGGAAAUGUCUGGUUUAUUUUAACAGAGCCUCAUUGUAUUGUUUUAUAACUGGGAUAUAUUGAAAUGAUGUACUUGACUUUAAAUUAGACUGAUUUUUUUUGUAAAGUGCCUUGAGAUGUGAUCACUACAAAUAUAAAACUGAACUGAAUUAUCAACUUUCAA